CGAAUAACCGUCGGAUCAACUACUGACCUAUCCAAAUUACCAUAUCCAGCUAUUCUCAUCUGGUUCCUCUCUCCCAAUUUACACUCGGGACACCCUUGACCUCGCCAAGGGAGAGAGAAGAAAAGAACCUGUUCUUCCAUAGAAAGGUGUUUGGUUUUGUCGGAGUCCACCCAUUGGAUCGAUCCAUGACCACCAUCCCCAUCUUCCUUCUCCUCUUCUCCUUUCACUCCUCUUCUUUUUCCUGAGCAAAAUUUUACAGGAUAGUGAGGAAAAACACAAGAGAGAAACAAACGGGAUUGGAGAGGGCACAGGAAGAAGAUUGAGAAAGGGAGAAGUACCCAGGUAAUUAAAUUGGUUGAAGAUUCUGUUUUGAUCAGUGGUUGUUUGUUUCCUUAGUGGGUUUUGGUGAAUCAAUGGAGAUGGACAGCAUUGACUGUGUGUCAUUUUCUGAUGGCAUGGAUGAGGAUGAGAUCCAACACCACACUCUGCAUCCUCAUAAUCACUCUGAGUUUUCUUCUAACAAACCUCGUAAUGGCGGUGCUAAUAGCAAUAAUGUUAUGGGAGCCACCGCCAUUUCUCCUGCAACCAGCGUUCAUGAGUUGCUAGAAUGCCCUGUUUGCACAAAUUCAAUGUACCCCCCAAUUCACCAGUGCCACAAUGGACACACACUGUGUUCCACUUGUAAAACAAGGGUGCACAAUCGAUGCCCCACUUGUAGACAAGAGCUUGGAGAUAUUAGGUGUCUAGCAUUGGAGAAGGUGGCUGAAUCACUCGAGUUACCUUGCAAGUACUACUCCCUUGGAUGUCCCGAAAUCUUUCCAUAUUACAGCAAGCUUAAGCAUGAGACUGUAUGCAAUUUUAGACCAUACAAUUGUCCUUAUGCUGGAUCAGAGUGCUCUGUUGUUGGGGACAUUCCCUUCCUUGUUGCACAUUUGAGGGAUGAUCAUAAGGUGGACAUGCACACAGGUUGCACAUUCAACCAUCGUUAUGUGAAGUCCAAUCCUCGUGAAGUAGAGAAUGCAACUUGGAUGCUAACCGUAUUUCAUUGUUUUGGGCAAUACUUCUGCCUUCACUUCGAAGCUUUCCAGCUUGGCAUGGCUCCUGUUUAUAUGGCAUUCCUUCGAUUUAUGGGUGAUGAGAACGAGGCUCGUAACUACAGCUACAGCCUUGAGGUUGGGGCAAAUGGCAGGAAACUCAUUUGGGAGGGCACACCACGAAGUAUUCGCGAUAGCCACAGGAAAGUCAGGGAUAGCCACGACGGUCUCAUUAUUCAACGAAACAUGGCCUUGUUUUUCUCUGGAGGUGAUAAGAAGGAGCUCAAACUAAGAGUUACAGGAAGAAUAUGGAAGGAACAACAAAAUCCAGAUGCUGGGGUGUGCAUACCAAAUCUUUGCAGCUAAUUCAAAUGCUUCUGUUGGGACAAUGGAGCUGUAUCAACCACACCAACUCUCUGUAACAGUGUAAGGUACUAAGAUGGCUUUUCAAAGUGUCUGUUAUCCCACUUGUGUAAUAAAACAACAAUGUCUUGCUUCAAAUUUGCUUAAUCAGAAAGAGACUGCAACCCAAAUUUGGCUCGUAUUUUCUGUGAGGUUCUCGUGAUGUCAUAGGAAGUCUUUUGGUCUGAUAAUCGCGUUCGUUGCCAUCAAGGAAGUGAUUUCACAAGAGACCACACAAUGAUAAACAAAUGUUUAAGCUAUCUCAUCACAAAUCUGUAUAUUCUUUCACCGACAUGACAUUUUUGUGAGUGUUGAGCACACUUGUGGAUGCUUGACUAGCUUUCAUGAUUGUAGUUUUUAUGUACCUAAUUUACGGUUUAAAGCAUGGUAGUAAGUAUCAUACGAUAAGAUAUAAUGCUCCACCUUCACAAUACAAAUUAUUUGAAAACUCA